AGAAAGACAGAGAGGGACUUGAGUUCUGUUAUCUUCUUAGUAGAUUCAUAUUGUAAGGGUCUCCGAGGGGGUGGGGGGGCUGGCAAAAUCCUGGAGCCAGAAGAGAGGACAGCAGCAUUGAUCAAUCUUACAGCUAACAUGUUGUACCUGGAAAACAAUGCCCAGACUCAAUUUAGUGAGCCACAGUACACGAACCUGGGGCUCCUGAACAGCAUGGACCAGCAGAUCCAGAACGGCUCUUCGUCCACCAGCCCUUACAACACAGACCACGUGCAGAACAGUGUCACGGCGCCCUCGCCCUAUGCGCAGCCCAGCUCCACCUUUGAUGCCCUCUCGCCGUCGCCCGCCAUCCCCUCCAACACCGACUACCCGGGCCCACACAGCUUCGACGUGUCCUUCCAGCAGUCGAGCACCGCCAAGUCGGCCACCUGGACGUAUUCUACUGAACUGAAGAAACUGUACUGCCAAAUUGCAAAGACAUGCCCCAUCCAGAUCAAGGUGAUGACCCCACCUCCUCAGGGCGCCGUAAUUCGCGCCAUGCCCGUCUACAAGAAGGCUGAGCACGUCACUGAGGUGGUAAAACGGUGCCCCAACCAUGAGCUGAGCCGUGAAUUCAAUGAGGGACAGAUUGCCCCUCCUAGUCAUUUGAUUCGAGUAGAAGGGAACAGCCAUGCCCAAUACGUAGAAGACCCCAUCACAGGAAGACAGAGUGUGCUGGUACCUUAUGAGCCACCACAGGUUGGCACUGAAUUCACGACAGUCUUGUACAAUUUCAUGUGUAACAGCAGUUGUGUUGGAGGGAUGAACCGCCGUCCAAUUUUAAUCAUUGUUACUCUGGAAACCAGAGAUGGGCAGGUCCUGGGCCGGCGCUGCUUUGAGGCCCGGAUCUGUGCUUGCCCAGGAAGAGACAGGAAGGCAGAUGAAGACAGCAUCAGAAAGCAGCAAGUUUCGGAUAGCACAAAGAACGGUGAUGGUACGAAGCGCCCUUUUCGUCAGAACACACAUGGUAUCCAGAUGACAUCCAUCAAGAAACGAAGAUCCCCAGAUGAUGAACUGUUAUACUUACCAGUGAGGGGCCGUGAGACUUACGAAAUGCUGUUGAAGAUCAAAGAAUCCCUGGAACUCAUGCAGUACCUUCCUCAGCACACAAUUGAAACAUACAGGCAACAGCAGCAGCAGCAGCACCAGCACUUACUUCAGAAACAGACCUCGAUGCAGUCUCAGUCUUCAUACGGUAACAGCUCCCCACCUCUGAACAAAAUGAACAGCAUGAACAAGCUGCCUUCCGUGAGCCAGCUUAUCAACCCUCAGCAGCGCAACGCCCUGACUCCCACCACCAUUCCUGAUGGCAUGGGAGCCAACAUUCCUAUGAUGGGCACCCACAUGCCAAUGGCUGGAGACAUGAAUGGACUCAGCCCCACCCAGGCCCUCCCUCCCCCACUCUCCAUGCCAUCCACUUCCCACUGCACCCCCCCACCUCCGUACCCCACAGAUUGCAGCAUUGUCAGUUUCUUAGCGAGGUUGGGCUGUUCAUCAUGUCUGGACUAUUUCACGACCCAGGGGCUGACCACCAUCUAUCAGAUUGAGCAUUACUCCAUGGAUGAUUUGGCAAGUUUAAAAAUCCCUGAGCAAUUCCGACAUGCAAUCUGGAAGGGCAUCCUGGACCACCGGCAGCUCCACGACUUCUCCUCACCUCCACAUCUCCUGCGGACCCCAAGCGGUGCCUCUACUGUCAGUGUGGGCUCCAGUGAGACCCGAGGUGAGCGUGUUAUUGAUGCCGUGCGCUUCACCCUCCGCCAGACCAUCUCCUUCCCACCCCGAGACGAGUGGAAUGACUUCAACUUUGACAUGGAUACUCGUCGCAACAAGCAACAGCGCAUUAAAGAGGAGGGGGAGUGAGUCUUGUCGUGUGGGCUCUUUCUAUCCUCGUCCCACCUGCCCAUCCCACUACAAAGCACUCCUGCUUGAUCUUCAGAGCAUUCUCCCUAGCUCCUUCCCUUCCUCUUCUCAGUCUGAUUUCUUAGGGGAAGGAGAAGUAAGAGGCUACCUCUUACCUAACAUCUGACCUGGUGUCUGAUUCUGAUUCUGGCUUUAAGCCUUCAAAACUAUUGCUUGCAGGACUGACGCUGCCAUGGCUAGGUAGAAGUGAGCAAAAAAGACGUGGGUGUCUCUUUAAGCUGCAGAGAUUUCUCAUUGACUUUUAUAAAGCAUUGUCACCCUUAUAGUCUAAGACUAUAUAUAUAUAAAUAUAUAAAUAUACAGUAUAUAUUUUUGGGUGGGGGGCAUUGAGUAUUGUUUAAAAAUGUAAUUUAAAGGAAAGAAAAUUGAGUUGCACUUAUCUACUUUUUUUAAAAAAAUUACUUAUUCUGUAUGGCUUCUCUAUACUCCUCUGAAAGGGUAUCAUGUAUGGCGAUAGGUAUCUAGAGCUUAGUUACAUGCGUGUAACAAUGAUGUAUAGGGCCUUUCAGUUCUCUAGAUACGAAACACAUACUACAUCAAACCUUUGAAUAGCUCCAGUUUUAUUUACCAUUGCAUAUUUUGUGGGUGAGACUGUAUAUAUGUAUACUUUCCUCAAUGUUGGUGUAUUUUACAUUACUAACAUCCCUUCUAGUGAAGAUAGUUCACUUUGGGGUUAUUUAGUCCAAUUAUAAGAGAAAUUUAUGUUCACACUAUCACACACUAAAGGAAAGGACACAUCCUAUUUUGGUUUUGAUUGGGAGUGAGGAUUGUGAGUUAUGACUAAAAUUCUUAAAAUGUCCAUGGCAGCCAGUUCAAAACACCUGGUGUCAUGUAUCUGAGUAUAUUAGUAAACUCCUUAAAUUUAACACCAGACACCUUAUCUUAUAGUAUUUAUUGAGAAAAAAAAAUUGUUGCCAUCACAGAAGUCUUAAAACUAAAUUUCACUAGUAGGUUAACUAACUCAAAUACAUAUUUGCUGCUCUUAUUAGAAUUC